GAUGGGUCGUCCGGUCCUGUAUCCUGCUGCUUUGUAUAUACACUUGAUGGGUCGUCCGGUCCUGUAUCCUGCUGCUUUGUAUAUACACUUGAUGGGUCGUCCGGUCCUGUAUCCUGCUGCUUUGUAUAUACACUUGAUGGGUCGUCCGGUCCUGUAUCCUGCUGCUUUGUAUAUACACUUGAUGGGUCGUCCGGUCCUGUAUCCUGCUGCUUUGUAUAUACACUUGAUGGGUCGUCCGGUCCUGUAUCCUGCUGCUUUGUAUAUACACUUGAUGGGUCGUCCGGUCCUGUAUCCUGCUGCUUUGUUUAUACACUUGAUGGGUCGUCCGGUCCUGUAUCCUGCUGCUUUCAGCCGAUUCUUGAAGGUCCUGCAGGAAAGGGCUAUCCCUGACAACCACAGUUGCCACAACGAGUCCCAUAACAUGUCUCAACAAUGCUCUAUCCUCGCUUAUUGUUGUCUAUCGGGGUCUAUCAGGUCUUGGAAGACCUUUAACAUCACUGGCAGCUCUGUGUUUGUUCAAGAGUCUUGAAAUGAUGGCAAGAUUGCGCCCAACGUGAUGUCCAAUUUGCCUGAGUGACAUUCCUCCAUAUCUCAUGCCACCCUGUAGCCUCUGACAAUUUACGACGUGUCAUGACAAUCAUGGUGUCCUUGUAUGCAGAUGGAACAGUGACUAACAUCUGGAAAAAGGCAAAUAUUAUCAUAUGUUCUGACAAAGCCAUGGAUGAAGCAAGAAAUCUCCAAGGACAACACCAAAACCAGCACAUAAUGCAUUCUAUCCAUGUUUGCAGAGCAGUAGCUGACUUGACUGAACUAUCAAGCCACGAAACAGUUUACAAGGAGAUGUGGAUUAUUGUUGAUUCCCAGAUAUGUGAUCUGUUUUUAAGAAAAAGAAGUUUUCAUACACGAGUCGAGGAUUUCUUCGAAAAUUUUGCUAAACAGUCCAAGGUCAUGUUGAUAAACAGACUUCCUGGUUCAGAGGAAUCCCGAUUUCAAUGCUUCCGAUGGCAACUUCCGGAAGAAUGUGUUUUAGAAUACAGAGAGGUGUACAUCUCGUCAGGUUUACUGAGUGAAGAAGAGCUUUUAAUGACCAGAGAUGGUUCACACUGUCAGCAAGACCUUGCUGAAGAUGACGAUCCUUCAUCUCAAGCUGCAGAGGAUAGUGAUGCUGAAUCUGAAUGUGACGCCCAAGAAUUGGCUGAAGAAACAGGAGAGGAGAAAUAUGUCCAAAUUGGCUCCAAGUGCCAGAUGUACAUUAAAAACCUGAGCCAGACAUGGACUGUAAUGAAACAGGAUGGAACACAGAACACUAUCGUGCUUCAGAUAGUUGCUGGGCCGUCCACUUCAAAGGUUGUUGUGAAGGUGACAACUGACCCAUGGGACCAAGAUCUAGAAGAGAAUAUUGAAUAUGAAAUAAAUCAAGAGACGGAAGUGAUCAAUGUAAAGCUGAAUGAUGCCUCGAUCGUAGGAGUUAAAAGGGGGUCAGUCAUAAUUGAGAUAGAAGUACACCCUGGACAAGACAUUGGGUCAGUCUGGCUACAACACAUGGUCGAGAGCAUUUUUACGGAGAAAGUGAGAGCAUGCAUACCCAGUGGCCAUCGUCUGAACUUUGACAUCGAGAGCAACGUCACUGUUCCCUUGACAGAUUUGGGAAGAUAUCUUUCAGAAAAUGAGGAAGAAUUCCACAAGAACUGUGUCAGCAAAGAAAAGUAUGAACAAAAGGUCAGAGAAGUGGAGGAGUUGAAAAGGGCACUACAUCCCAUGAAGACAGUUGUCACACUGGUAUCUGGCGACAUCACACAAGAAAAGACUGAUGCAAUCGUCAACUCAACAAACGUGCUUCUGAAACUGAACGAAGGGGGUAUUUCAAUGUGCAUCCUCGAAGCAGCAGGGCCAGCGAUCCAGGAAGAGUGCAGAGCGAAGUAUCCAAAUGGUUUACAGGAGGGAGCAUUAGCAACAACAGGAGGUGGAAAUCUGGCCUGUCGAAACAUAUAUCAUGUUUUUCUACCUGACACGUGGGAAACCGACCAACACAACACAGAACAGUGUCUCAGGGAUGCUGUUGAGCAGAUUCUUCAUCAAGCUGAUUCUGAUGGCCACAAGACUAUCAGCUUCCCACCUCUUGGUACAGGAAACCUUCGCUACGAUAUACAGAGAGUCACUAACAUUAUAACCGAUGUUUGCAGUGGCUUCAAGGGGAGAUGUCUACAGGAAGCCCGACUCGUGCAUCCAGAUGGUUUUAGCACUAAUACGCACUCUACUGAGGAACCCCAAAGAAAACAAGAACCGGUGUAUCCACAGCCGGAGUCACCUCUGGAAGCAAAGCCAUCAGCAUCAAUGAUUUCUGCACCAACAAAAGGAUAUGAAAGGCCAAGAACUAUGGUCAACGUUUGCGCUGGGGACAUCACGAAACAAGAGGUGGACGUAAUAGUGUGUGGUGCACCACGGGAUCUUAAACUCAACAUUGGUGGCUUGUCAAAGGCUGUGCUUGCAGAGGCUGGGGCGGAAAUACAACAGGAGUUGGAGGAAAGCUAUCCCAGUGGACUAUCAGAAGGCCGAAUAGCAUUCACCUCCGGAGGUCGGAAAUGCUGGAAACAGAUCUACUUUACAACACUGUGGCCGUGGGAGGAGACGGAACGUCUCAGAGAGUCCUUCAUCGAAAUGAUUCUGAGGUGUUUGAAGAAAGUAAACGAGUCUCAACUAAGAACCAUAGCUUUUCCACUGCUUGGGACAAGUGGUCAUUCCUACCCACCUGAUAAAGUAACCCAGUGGAUUCUUCAGGCUGUUGAAAUUCACGAUGCCACCUAUCCAAGUACAACAUUGACUGAAGUCAGAAUACUUGUUUAUCCAAAUGAUCAUCUCUCUUUACUUGUUCUUCAAUCUAUGAACAUGCCAGACUGUUCUUGAAGAGAAGACAUAACCACUGGCAUACUACAUACUUGGAUAACGACUGAGUUGUUAAAAAUGGUUCUGAUUCAGUCAUGUCAAUAGCAGAAGAGACCGAGGAACAUCUUCAGUACAUGCAUACGUGCCUGAACCAUACUAAGCCAGUGGCUGACUCUUUCCUUUUGCUUUGAACAAUUAGUGACCAAGUUCCGUGUCCGACAGCCGUGAUACAGCUAGAAUGUUUCCGACUGCGAUAUGAA